AUCUAUAUAUAUAUAUAAGCGUCACACGCGUACUUCGCGGCAUCUCUGCUACAUGGCGCAGCGUGUUCAGUGGGAAGAGCGAGAGAGGAGCUAGGCUGCAGCACAAACGCCUCAUGCAUAACGGUCUUCUGCGGCGACGGCAAUGUGGCGUGUCGCUACAUUGCUUGAGUGCUAAGCGCAUUCACCUUGACAUUCAUGGUGAGAUGGCUUCUGCCGGAAUGUUUUUUUAAUUAUGCUCUAUUUAUCACUUUACCCCACUUAACGAAUGUCAACUCAACUAUUCCAACGGUACACUCUCCCAAUUAUUUAAAUAAAGUCGUGUAAGAAUGAUCUAUAGGAGCGACCCUUCCUGCGGGUGCAUCGCACAGGAAAGAAGAGGAAGAAGAACGUUCGAUUGGAAGACGCGUGCUUCGAGCGGCGUCGCUGACGGAAGAACAAUGUGGAUCAAGAGGAUUCUUCUGCGCCUGCGGCAGCGGCCCUCCUUGUUCACUGGCUGUCUCUGCUUCCUGGUGUUCCUGUUCUACACCUUCAGCGACUACUGGUCGCGCGGCGGAGCCACACCGGUAACAGGCAGAACGGUGCCCUGGGGCGGACAGCAAGUGGCUGCCGCCAUCAAGGGCUCUCCACAGUCGUCUAAUGGCGCUUUCCAGCAGAUACCACUUGAGCCGGUGACGGAACAGGUAGUCGCUCAGGUGAACGUGGAGGAUUUGCGGAUCUUCGCGUUCAACCUCAACAAGAGGCAGCAGGUGCACCACGAGGAGAAGUUCGGCGCCACCCUGGAGCCCUCGGACCCGGUCAUAGUUGUGCAGGUUCACAACAGGUGGCGCUACCUGCAGUACCUGCUGCACAGCCUGUCCCAAGUGCGGGGUAUCGAACGCGCGUUGCUCGUGUUCAGCCACGACCACUACGACACGCACAUGCUCCACCUGCCAAGGACGGUGACCUUCUGCAGGGUGAUGCAGAUAUUCUUUCCCUAUUCCACUCAAAUUUACCCGCACGAGUUUCCAGGCGUCCACCCGAACGACUGUCCGAGGAAUAUCCAUUUCGAACAGGCUCGUAAGAUAAAAUGCAACAACGCCGAUUAUCCCGACCAGUAUGGCCACUACAGGGAGAGCAAGUUCACCCAGAUUAAGCAUCACUGGUGGUGGAAGAUCAACGUCGUAAUGGAGAGCCUGAACCUCACGCGCAGCCACGAGGGCCCCAUCAUGCUGCUGGAGGAAGACUACUACGUGGCCCCGGACUACAUCGACGCCGUCAGGUUACUCCUCGCAAACAGGCACGCCCUUUGCGGAACAAGCACGUGCCUUUGCAUGGUGGGAAACAACGACUACAAUGUCAAAAAGCCACUCACUGACGCCGUGGAAAUCCGUCCCUGGAACAAGAGCACCAACAAUCUCGGCAUCAUCAUGACACGUGACUUGUGGAAGGACAUCCGGGCAUGCUUCAGCGAAUUCUGCAUGCACGACGACUACAACUGGGACCUGACGCUGACUGCGGUGGCGAACAAGUGUCUCCCUGCCGGCAGCCUGACCGUCAGCUUGAGGGUCAGCAGGGUCUUCCACAUUGGAGAGUGUGGUGUGCACCGUCGUCCCAAACAGUGUCGAGAGGUGCUGCUCCGCAAGGCUCGCCUGGUGAUUCCCAAGGAAGGCUUUGGGUCCGAGCACAUCCGCCAUCUGCGACCCAUCAAGCCACGCGUCGUCAGGCUGCCCAAAAUCAGCGGAGGAUGGGCCGACGUCCGAGAUCACCAGCUCUGCGUCAAGAUGACGCUGUGGGGAUCUUAGGCACCCAUCCAACCCUAACUUAAAAAAAAAAGAACAGUCAUAAGUCUCAUGACCCCCAUAUCCAAUAAUUCGCUGUGAUCAUGUGAAGUCUUACAUAGAACCACAUACGAUCAUAUUCAUUUUCAUUCUUUUUCAUACGUUCGAAUGAACAUCAUGGUCAUGAGUUAUCGAUAUCACAAUCGUAUGACCUCCCAUAUUCAACAUGUGGUAUCGUAACCAUCCUUUUGGACAUUGGGGUAAAUACUGAGGACAUGGCUUCUUUUUUUUUAUAUGAGCAUGAUCUCAUCGUCUGAGCACAAGGAAGACACAGCUCUGUCGUAAAACGGGACGAUUGUUUUGUUAUGCACAUACUUCUUAUCGCUUCGUUUUAACUUCUGGUUUGUUUCUAAACAAUAUCGUUCCCUGCGUCAUAAAUAUUUCGCGUGGUGUCUUUUACAUCUUGUUUCUGCGCGCACUCUUGCAGGGAACAGCGCAAGAUUGCGUUAUUUCGGAAACUGGUUGAUAUACCGAAAAAUAUGCAUGCCCUCACCAUACGAGGAAAAAUAUUUCAA